GAGAGAUGGCAGUGGAGUUUUUAACCAGAUUGUUUAAUAGAAUCUUGGAAAGUGAGAGGAUGCCUGAGGAGUGGAGAAGAAGUGUACUGGUGCCGAUAUUUAAGAAUAAGGGGGAUGUGCAGAACUGUAGUAACUACAGGGGGAUAAAAUUGAUGAGCCAAAGCAUGAAGGUAUGGGAAAGAGUAGUGGAAGCUAGGUUAAGAAGUGAGGUGAUGAUUAGGGGGGCAGCAGUAUGGUUUCAUGCCAAGAAAAAGCACCACAGAUGCGAUGUUUGCUCUGAGGAUGUUGAUGGAGAAGUUUAGAGAAGGCCAGAAGGAGUUGCAUUGCGUCUUUGUGGACCUGGAUGACAGGGUGCCUCGAGAGGAGCUAUCGUAUUUUAUGAGGAAGUCGGGAGUGGCAGAGAAGUACUUAAGAGUUGUACAGGAUAUGUACGAGGGAAGUGUGACAGUGAUGAGGUCUGCGGUAGGAGUGAUGGAUGCAUUCAAGAUGGAGGUGGGAUUACAUCAGGGAUCGGCUCUGAGCCCUUUCUUAUUUGCAAUGGUGAUGGACAGGUUGACAGAUGAGAUUAGACAGGAGUCCACAUGGAUGAUGUUCGCUGAUGACAUUGUGAUCUAUAGUGAUAGUAGGGAUCAGGUUGAGGAGACCCUGGAGAGGUGGAGAACUGCUCUAGAGAGGAGAGGAAUGAAGGUCAGUAGGAACAAGACAGAAUUCAUGUGUGUAAAUGAGAGGGAGGUCAGCGGAAUGGUGAGGAUGCAGGGAGUAGAGUUGGUGAAGGUGGAUGAGUUUAAAUACUUGGGAUCAACAGUACAGAGUAAUGGGGGUUGUGGAAGAGAGGUGAAAAAGAGAGUGCAGGCAGGGUGGAAUGGGUGGAGAAGAGUGUCAGGAAUGAUUUGUGACAGACGGGUAUCAGCAAGAGUGAAAGGGAAGGUCUACAGGACGGUAGUGAGGCCAGCUAUGUUAUGUGGGUUGGAGACAGUGGCACUGACCAGAAAGCAGGAGACAGAGCUGGAGGUGGCAGAGUUAAAGAUGAUAAGAUUUGCACUGAGUGUGACGAGGAUGGAUAGGAUUAAAAAUGAGGACAUUAGAGGGUCAGCUCAGGUUGGACGGUUGGGAGACAAAGUCAGAGAGGUGAGACUGAGCUGGUUUGGACAUGUGCAGAGGAGAGAUGCUGGGUAUAUUGGGAGAAAGAUGCUAAGGAUAGAGCUGCCAGGCAAGAGAAAAAGAGGAAGGCCUAAGAGAAGAUUUAUGGAUGUGGUGAGAGAGGACAUGCAGGUGAUGGGGGUAACAGAACAAAAUACAGAGGACAGAAAGAUAUGGAAGAAGAUGAUCCGCUGUGGUGACCCUUAACGGGAGCAGCCGAAAGAAGAAGAAGAACAAUGAUAUGAGGAAUUCUGUUAUAACUUGCCCAACAGUCAGAUAUUAUUAACAUCCCUGGACAGAUACAUUCUUUAAUAACAUUCAAUAACGUACCUGCUGUUCUAUCGGGCACAGUGUAUAUAAAACACUCCCUGGUCUCUCGCCAAAUACCUCCAAAAACCCAUUGUUCUGGAUACAUGCGGCCUGUAUUAGACUUCCGUCGUGAAAAGACACUUUCAUCAAUUUCUACUGUUAAACCAUCUCCGCCUAUAAGUUUUGGAUUCUGCAGUAAGGAAUACGCACAAAUUUCUCGAACAAAAUUUUUCCAGUCAGUUACUGUCACACUGCCCAUUCCAAAAUCUUUGUUACAGAACUUGAAUGUAGUAUACUGCCUACUCCAACCGUACAGGAAAUACACAACCGUCUCCAAAUUAAUUUUGCUGAAUUCCAACCAUGUAUCCUGUCAAAGAACCAAAUGUGGCAUCCGCUUUUUGAACAAGAUGGCGUCUGCUUUUUGGCGUCCGCUUUUUGAACAAGACCCCUGCAUUUAUAAGAAUACCCUCGACAACUGCCAUGAGGGUUAGGGUUAGUGUGUGAUGUGUGUUAAUGCCCUUGCACUAUAGAAGCACCCAAAGCUGUUCGGCUUUGAAAUCCAGAAAUUGGGAGCCACAACACAGCAGGCAUUGAUCUCCGCUAAAUCAGAAUCCGAGAUAAAUGCUAUCAAGUCUUGUAUUCAGUAAAGCUUCACGGUUAACGUUUAUUGUCUUCUUUUUGUUUUGUCCAGCAAUCCUAGAAACUGUAACAUUUACACCAAUAUUUUAUGGGAAGGACAACGUUCAUGUUACUAGUUUCUGUUUGAGAGUAGGAUUAACGUGGACUACAGUUUAGCAAUACAGUGCCUAUAGAAAGUAUUCACC